CUUUACACUGUAUACAACCACUCAUGGCUCAUCCUUCAAUCGACGAUGGUCAGUCUUCCCAUGCGUCUACAAUGUCAUCUAGUCUGCCUGUAUCCUUCUCGCUCGACUCUACUAGCGUUAAAUUCUUACCCGCCAUGCCUAUCCCUUGCUUCACUGUCGAUGCUCCCGGACUAGCUACAUCCAUUCAAGCAUCCCCAUCCACCAUUAUUCGUCCAUCCAAUCCUGCAAUUCCUGCAACUCCUCCUUCAUCCGCCUUUCUGGGCACUGCUGCUGCUGAAUAUUUUUCGCCCAUGCCUUCGAUCAUCACUCCAUCUGGCAGCUAUGCCAGCGUCACCAAUCUUUCUGUUCCUGUGACUGGCAUUCGCUUUAGUCGCAGUCCAAACACCGUUACCAGUGGGUUUGCUGCUGCUGCUCGUAACAUUCCCAUGCACCACCAUCGUACCAGUUCUCAUCCUAUCCAUCAGAUCAACGGAAUUGCUCUUCAAUCUCCUAAUGAAUCGAUUGUCUGUCCAGUUCCUCGCAAGAUUCAUGCUCCUUCCAUGCAUCUCGAAGUACCGUUGCUUCGACGUUCAACUGGCAGGCGAAACAAGCUGUCUCCUAUUACUCCUUGGCUUGAUCAGUUCAAUUUGUGUCCUCAGCAACCUACUGCUACCAUUUCAUCUCUUUCAGCUGCAAUUGCCUCUGCUGGUGUGUCUAUUGAACAAAACUGUACAUCUCGAGUCACUUCGGUUGCUCAUCCCAGAGAUCCUGCUAUUCUUGCCCAGCACGAGCUUGGAGAGAUUCUUGGUCUGUAAUCCAGUUUGUAACCCUAGAUUUGAAUUAGUCUUGGACAAUGCAAAUCUCCCUUGCUAGAAAGUUGAUCUAUUCAGCAGCUUGCUAUAUACUUUCAAUGUAAUAUCUCUUCACUUGUUCAGCCCUUUUGUAAAAGCCUUUUCCUAUAUCUGCUCUCCUUGUGCCAACUAAGCUUCAUGCUUUCCAUUUGCUGAUAUCUUUUAGCCGCACCGUCCUGUUAUGUUUUUGGCUGCAGCCAACUUUACCCUGUUUUACUGCUCCGACUUCCUGCAAUCGCUUGUUAUUUUGUUUGUCGUUCCAACACCUGUCGACCUGAAUUUGUCUAUUUUCAACCUUUUCAUCUACUAUUCUGUGCACUGUUUUAUCUACCACUUUUUGUAUGCCUGCUAUCAUUCCAAGGGGAUUUAUCCUCUUUCCACUUUAAAUCUAUCUUUUUUGUCUGGACUAUAUUAUAAACAGUAUAUUUUUCAAGAAUGCAAUGUUGGGUUUCGGCAACUUUGCUUUCUCUAUAUUCUGUCCCCUCCUGCUAUAAGCUCUUAGAAUUGCUCAAUUGUUUCAUUCCUCGUAGUUCUCCCUUUUGUCCGUACCUAUGUUGUUUGCUUUAUUUUGUUUAUAAAUGAUUAUAUUCUUUAUUUGAUG